GCCGAAGUGGAUGGAAGGGGACCCGGGUUUCUGCCGCGCAGGGAGCCGCGAGCCAGGGCGAUGGCGCUAAGGACGGCGCGGAGCAGCUGCGCUCCCGAGAACGCGUCUCCUCGCCGAGGACCAGCCGGAGUCGAGAAGGUCUGCGCGAAGAGAGGCCAACUUGUGGCUCCAAAAUGCACCCGACGCAGCUGGAAAUGAGAUCAAAGCUGCAGUUUCAUUCGGGAAGGAUGAGAGGAGCCAGCGAUUAGGGAUUUUUUUUUUUUUUUUAAUGUUCAACCUCCCUCGUUCCAUUUUCUGUUUUCCUUUUUUCUUUCCUUAUUAUGAUUUUUAAAUUUGCCUAACACCCCGUCGGUCCCCUCACUUCGCCUUCCCCAUUUGAAAUAAAAAGCCCAGUUUGAACUUCUUCCGCCGCGGCGCCCUCGGAUGCGCUGCCCGCUGAUGGAGGAGAAGGGGACCCCGGGGCUGGCAGGGGCCACCGGCGAGGGACCGCGUCACGCGUCUCCCCCGUGAUCCCGGCCCUGAUCGCGGAGUUCUGCAACACCUGGAAGAUCUGGACCCGUUGCCGGGGGUGGGGGCGGGGACAGAGGAAACGAAAGCCACCCCGAGCCUUAAAAAAAAGAAGAAAAAAAGUAGCGGGGGGGCGGAGAGGAAUGGGUUUCUUCUUGACAGCUGACGGAGCCUUGAAAUUUUCCUCCACUACCCCCGCCCCCGCCCCCGCCCCCGCCCCCCGCACUCCAUUUAACGUGAGAUUAUGAAAUUGCAGAGGCGGUGGAGGGAAGGAGACAGGAUAUAACAGGGAGUUUGGAGGGAGAGGGGAAGGUGGCUGGCCGGGUGGCUGAAAUCAAAAAUCCAAUUGCGCACUGGGUUGUGAUGAGAAAUCUAAUCAGAUAUUUGGAGAAGGGGCCGGCCGGAAGGCUGGCGAGUGGGGGGAGUUGAUCCCCAAAUUCUUCGAAGGGGGAGCUAGGGGUUAGGAAUCAACGAUGUAAACGGAGACUUUUUUUGUGGCGGCGGCGGUUGGGUGCCUUGCAAAAAUGAAGGAUGCGGGACGCAGCUCUCUCUUGGAACCGAACGCAGUGGAUAAACUGAUUGUGCAAGAGAAAACGAAGAAGGAAGCUUUUUCUUGUGAGACCUGGAUCUUAACACAAAUGUGUAUGUGUGCACACAGGGAGCCUUGAAAAAUUAGAUAAACCCGUGUCAGACCCACGGGGCUCGGUGUGUUCUGACAUAAAUAAAUAAUAAUAAAACAGCUGCCCCCCCAAAAAAAGGAUGAUUGGAAAUGGAGAACGGAGGAUCCACAAAGAAAAAGUAUGUUCCUUUUUCUCUAUAAAGGAGAAAGUAAGCCAAGGAGAUAUUUUUGGAAUUGAAAGUUUGGGGCUUUUUUUUUUUUUUUUUUUUUUUUUUAGGAAAGUAAAGACCUGCUAUGGUGGUGUUUUCUUUUCUUUUUGAAUUUCCCACAAAAGGAGAGGGAAUUAAUAAUACAUCUGCAAAGAAAUUUCGGAGAAGAAAAGUUGACCGCGGCAGAAUGAGGCAUUGAUUGGGGGAGAGAAACCAGCAGAGAGCACAGUUGGAUUUGUGCCCAUGUUGACUAAAAUUGAUGGAUAAUUGCAGUUGGAUUUUUCUUCAUCAACCUCCCCCCCACACCUUUUUUUUUUUUUUUCUUUUUGGUGUCAAGAUCAUGCGUUUUCGCUUGUUCUUAACCACCUGGAUUUCCAUCUGGAUGUUGCUGUGACCUGUCUGAAAUACAAUUGGCAAACACGUUGCCUGUUUACAGCAUAGAGACCACAAUGGAGAGCUAGCUUAGAAACAGCCUUCAUGUUCCCAGCUUGACACCAGAGAUGACUCUUCUUGGGAUUCAUUUCUCUUACAGGAAAGUAAAGAGAAGUGAAGUAACUUUUCCAGUUGUAGAGACGUGGAGGUUUAAGCAGAAAACCUAGAUCAGAUGAUCCUCUUCUUUGAAAAUCCUCUGAUUUACCAGCACAGACUGAGCUCAUCUGACAUCAGUGCCCUUGUCCCAAUGUGGCUGGGUCUCAUACCAGUGAAUAUAUAUUAUUGUAAUUCAUCUGCUUACCUAUCUGUCUCACCUUCUGAACUAUCGUUUCCUCAGGGACUAUUUGAACUCCAGAAGGACCAACACCAGAUAAAUUAUGAAUGUUGAACAAGAUGACCUUACAUCCACAGCAGAUAAUGAUAGGUCCUAGGUUUAACAGGGCCCUAUUUGACCCCCUGCUUGUGGUGCUGCUGGCUCUUCAACUUCUUGUGGUGGCUGGUCUGGUGCGGGCUCAAACCUGCCCUUCUGUCUGCUCCUGCAGCAACCAGUUCAGCAAGGUGAUUUGCGUCCGGAAAAACCUACGGGAGGUUCCAGAUGGCAUCUCCACCAACACGCGGCUGCUGAACCUCCAUGAGAACCAAAUCCAGAUCAUCAAAGUGAACAGCUUCAAGCACUUGAGGCACCUGGAAAUCCUACAGUUGAGUAGGAAUCAUAUUAGAACAAUUGAAAUCGGGGCCUUCAAUGGUCUGGCAAACCUCAAUACUCUGGAACUCUUUGACAAUCGUCUUACUACCAUCCCAAAUGGAGCUUUUGUAUAUUUGUCUAAACUGAAGGAGCUCUGGUUGCGAAACAACCCCAUUGAAAGUAUUCCUUCUUAUGCUUUUAACAGAAUCCCUUCUUUGCGCCGACUAGACUUAGGGGAAUUGAAAAGGCUUUCAUACAUCUCAGAAGGUGCCUUUGAAGGUCUGUCCAACUUGAGGUAUUUGAACCUUGCCAUGUGCAACCUCCGUGAAAUCCCUAACCUUACACCUCUCAUAAAACUAGAUGAGCUGGAUCUUUCUGGGAACCAUUUGUCGGCCAUCAGGCCUGGCUCAUUCCAGGGAUUGAUGCACCUUCAAAAACUGUGGAUGAUCCAGUCCCAGAUUCAAGUGAUUGAACGGAAUGCCUUUGAUAACCUUCAGUCACUCGUGGAGAUCAACUUGGCACACAACAAUCUAACAUUACUGCCUCAUGACCUCUUCACACCUUUGCAUCAUCUAGAGCGGAUACACUUACAUCACAACCCUUGGAACUGUAACUGCGACAUACUGUGGCUCAGCUGGUGGAUAAAAGACAUGGCCCCCUCCAACACAGCUUGUUGUGCUCGAUGUAACACUCCUCCCAAUCUGAAAGGGAGGUACAUUGGGGAGCUUGACCAGAAUUAUUUCACGUGCUAUGCUCCUGUGAUUGUGGAGCCCCCAGCAGACCUCAAUGUCACUGAGGGCAUGGCAGCUGAGCUGAAAUGUCGGGCUUCCACGUCCCUGACCUCUGUAUCUUGGAUUACUCCAAACGGAACGGUCAUGACACAUGGGGCAUACAAAGUGCGGAUAGCUGUGCUCAGUGACGGCACAUUAAACUUCACGAAUGUAACCGUGCAAGAUACAGGCAUGUACACAUGUAUGGUGAGUAAUUCCGUUGGAAAUACCACUGCUUCUGCCACCCUGAAUGUUACUGCAGCAACCACUACUCCCUUCUCUUACUUUUCAACCGUCACAGUAGAGACUAUGGAACCUUCUCAGGAUGAGGCACGGACCACAGAUAACAACGUGGGCCCCACUCCAGUGAUCGACUGGGAGACCACCAAUGUGACCACCUCUCUCACGCCACAGAGCACAAGGUCGACAGAAAAAACAUUCACCAUCCCAGUGACUGACAUGAACAGUGGGAUCCCAGGAAUCGAUGAGGUCAUGAAGACCACCAAAAUCAUCAUUGGCUGUUUUGUGGCCAUCACACUCAUGGCUGCAGUGAUGCUGGUCAUUUUCUACAAGAUGAGGAAGCAGCACCAUCGGCAAAACCAUCAUGCCCCAACAAGGACUGUUGAAAUCAUUAAUGUGGAUGAUGAGAUUACAGGAGAUACGCCCAUGGAAAGCCACCUGCCCAUGCCUGCUAUCGAGCAUGAGCACCUAAAUCACUAUAACUCUUACAAAUCUCCCUUCAACCACACAACAACAGUUAACACAAUAAAUUCAAUACACAGUUCAGUGCAUGAACCGUUAUUGAUCCGAAUGAACUCUAAAGACAAUGUACAAGAGACUCAAAUCUAAAACAUUUACAGAGUUACAGAAAACAAACAAUAAAAAAAGACAGUUUAUUAAAAAUGACACAAAUGACUGGGCUAAAUCUACUGUUUCAAAAAAGUGUCUUUACAAAAAAAAACAAAAAAGAAAAGAAAUUUAUUUAUUAAAAAUUCUAUUGUGAUCUAAAGCAGACAAAAUUAUGUGUAUUCCUCAGAACCUGUUUUUGCUGCAGUUAUUUACUAUUUUCCCACAUCUCAUCCCUGCCUUCCCUGGUUGCCAUAUUUUUCAUAGGAGAUCUCAAGUCCCUAAAGAACUGGCCUAGGAAAUUUUGUAAGAAUUCUGUUACACUUUGAGAUUUUUAUGGUGAAUUCUAGUGGUGAGAUCCAGUCUAUUUUGUCUUUCUUUCUUUUUUUUCCUCUCUCCUUUCUUUCCCUCAUGACCUUAUGAAGUAGUCCAAUGGGGAAUGCAAUAUUAGAAAUAGAUUUUUAAGAGAGAACAAGAUUAAAAAAAUGCAAGAUCUUAUAUUUUUCAUGUAAUGACCUGUUCUGUAUUUAUGAGGAGAACCAUUCAAUGGCAAAGCAAAAAAAAAAAAAAAAAAGAAAAAAAAGUAAGCAAACAACAGAUUAAUUUACAUAUGAGCAUCUAUAAAACCCAUGAUCUUUUAAACACCUCUAGAACCAGAAUUUGUAGUUCAAAAACUAAAAAAUAAGGUUAUAA